GUUGUGUUUUAAAAGUGUUGUAUUGGUAUCAGUGUUCAGCACGUUGGUGCUGAUAAAUGGAGGUGCUCUUAAUAAAAGCUAAUUAAAUUGAACCGAGCACAUGUUAAAUCGUGUCCAAAUGAUGAAUGGGGGAGUCGCAGGAUCGUAUCACUCUUCAUCACGCGGGCCGGCGCAUAGCAAGACAAAGUGCACCACCUAGCGGCGUGGAGCUGCUAGCGUAUUUGCAUAGACCCGCCCGAACACAUGCAAACUCCGACUCAGCUAGAGGGGAGUGAAGCAGCUUUCUCGGCAGCCCGCGGCGUGUCUACAGUAAUGGACUUCGAAGCUAAGGUUCUGCCCAGGAUCGGUGGCUAUGGCCCUUAUAAUAAGGCAGUUGCCGCUUUCAGCUGGAUUCCCUGCUUCGCCGUGGCCGAGAGUUUACUUUCCGAGGUCUUCCUGACGCUGCUCCCGCGAUCUUACCGUUGUCGCCUGGAUCCAGUGCUGCUUCCAGCAGGCAUCAGCUCGUUCAAUCUAUCCGAGAAGCAGCUGUUGAAUGUCAGCAUCCCGCAGACGAGGAAACAGGGCUUCAGCCACUGUGAACUGUACAAGUACCCGGCCAACUUCUCCCGAUUCGGAGAGGACUUGCCCAAUGAGACCGUGCCAUGCACCGAGGGCUGGGAGUUCAGCUUGAGCGCCGGGCUGCGCAGCUCCAUCGUCACGCAGUGGAACUUAGUGUGUCAGAACUACUGGAAGAUCCCACUGCAGCAUAUCUUCUUCAUGAUUGGCUGGAUCUUUGGGUACCUUAUCCUAGGCCUCGCUUGUGACCGGGUUGGCCGACGGAGCACGUUUCUGUUGUCGGUGGUUCUCUCAGGGAUGCUUGGGGUGGCCGUCUCCUUCUCGAUGAAUCCUGAUGUGUUCCUCAUGUUGCGACUGUUCCAGGGAGCUGCCUUGGCCGGUGUCUUUCUUGCUGCGUAUGUUGCCAGGCUCGAGGUCUGUGAUCCCCCCCAUCGCCUGAUGGUCACUAUGAUUGGUGGGCUGUUCGCUUUUGGUGGAGAGCUGCUGUUGCCAGGGUUGGCAGUGGUCUGUGUUGAUUGGCAGGUUCUGCAGGCUAUAGUAACUGUGCCUUUGUUGCUGCUAAUUUCUUACUGGUGGUGUAACUCCAUAUUCCCUGAAUCCCCUCGAUGGCUUCUGGCCACAUGCCAAAUCCGGAAAGCCAGGAGCACCCUGCAGAUCUUCUCAUCUCGCAAUGGCGUGCGUAUGAGUGAAGAGAUUUUUGCACACGAGUCUUUCCUAUCAGAGUUCAACACUGCCUACAGUGACAGCUACCUGCCACAUUUUCACAAUAUUUGUGAGAUGAUCCACGUCCGAGUAGUCGGGAAGAAUUGUCUCAUCUUGGGAUUCACAGCGUUCAUCGGCACCGGGAUCCAGUACUGCUUCACGAGGAACUUGCGCAGCUUCCAAGCAGACUUCUAUUUCAGCUACUUUCUCCGCUGCAUUUCUGGAGGCUUGGCCUGCUUCCUACUGUGUAUCUCAGUAAACCGCUUUGGCCGCCGUGGGAUCCUUCUCCUGAGCAGCAUCUUGACUGGCAUGGCCUCUCUGCUUCUGCUUGCUCUAACACAGUAUCUCAAAGACGGAGUUGUCCUGCUGCUCUCGCUUAUUGGCCUCCUGGCCUCCCACGCCAUGGCAAUGCUCAGCAUAUUUUUUGCAAGUGAGGUGCUGCCCACUGUCAUUAGGGGAGCGGGUCUUGGGCUGAUUUUGGCGGUGGCCUGUAUUGGCAAGGCCACAUCAUCCCUCAUGGAUCUCAAGGACACUCAUGGCUACUUCCUCCAUCAUGUGGUGUUUGCCUCGUUUGCAGUACUGUCAGUGCUGUGCAUCAUGCUGCUUCCUGAGAGCAAGCGCAAACCUCUGCCAGAUUCGCUAAAGGAUGGAGAAUCGCUGCACAGACCACCGCUGUUCCUUUCAAAGCGUGAGCAGGAUGACCUCCCCCUCCUCCAUUCUCAUCCUAAAAGCACAUCUGACUACAACUCGGAUAGCUACUCGAGCUUGGUAAGUGCCACCAAGAAGAUGUUGGGAAGCAAUGGCCACCCAUUUGAACCGAUGGUCCCGCCUGCUCCUCCACACCUGAAGAAAAAUGAAGAACAACAUGGGAUUGAAAAUGCAGCUUUAAGUGAAGACCUCCCUUAAGGGUAGUUGUGUUUUCGAUAGGAAACCAUUGAAAAAGCCACCAACUGCGAGGUUGGCAAAGGAACACGUCAUUGAUGUUUUUUUGCUUAAUUUUCUGUACACAUCCCUGUGAACCAGGAAUAAGCUACAACCUCCAAGAAAAUGAAAGAGUGCACUGCUUAUAUUGAACAGUUGGGCUUCCCAGUUUUUGGGAAGCAGGACCUGAAACGCAGGUUGAUACCCCAAAAUGAUACCAUACUGUUAGUGUCAUUGCUGUUAGGUGCCUACUGAAUUUCAGAACCACCUGCCCGCUGCCACCGCCAUAGCAAUUAUGCAAACCUUUACAAGCCUCAGACUGACGUCUCUCUCUUUUUUCUUACUUUAAUUCUGAAAGCACAUGGAAGCCCCUCUGCUGGACCCACUAAGCGUGCUUGGUAACCACAAGUUCACGUGAUUUUUAAGAGGGUGACAAUGGCACGGACAGGCUUUCUGCUCACAGAGAAAUGUCUUUUUUCAUUCCUUUACACUUUAUGACACUAGCACUGGAUUACAUUCUGCACACCAGCAUUCAUGAGUGUGCAGAAAGUCCGACCAAAGCUCAAACGCUACACUCAGGUACCUCAUCGUGUUUCUUACCAAACAAAAAAAAGUGCUUUUGUAUGCAUUUUUUAAUUUGUAGAAUGUAAACACAGAAAAAUGAGCACAUGCUAAGUGUACCAAAGCAGUCUCUUAGGUUUUGUCUGGAAGGGUUGUUAAAUAAACGUGUUGCUGAAA